AUGACUGCCGUCCGGGAAGGGGUGUUGCGUUUUACACGGUCGUCGUUGUUUUCGCACCUUGUGGUUCUCCUCGCACUGCUGGCUUCCCUCAACACGGUGCGGGCUGUGCGGGUGCGCUCCACCACGCAAGAUCUUGCGUUUGAGGUCAACCGGGAGGAGGUGUGCAUGUAUUCUGUGGGACUUGACUCGAAUGAGGGGGCGGCACUGCACUACCGUGUCUUGCGUGGGGGCGAUGACUUUGACGUGUACAUUCGAAGCCCAAGGAACAAGACGGUCUACGUGUCAUAUGCGGGGGAGCACGAGUUGGAGGAUCGUGUUUACUUCACCAAACACUUGCAUGGCGAGUACUCGUACUGCAUUGACAACAGCCAGUACUCUGGUAGCCGCAAGACUGUACAGAUGAGCAUCGGGGUGACCUCGUUGAAGCGGUGGAAGGACCGCAUUGACCCUCUCACAAAGAGUAUGCUGCGGACAGACAGUGUGAUGUUGGGCCUUCAUGAUGACCAGAUCAUCUUCCGCCUGCGUGAGCGAGACCUGCGGGAUAUGAUUGAAGAGAGCAAAAAGCUUCUGUUUCUAAGCGGCGCUGCUGAGACGGCGGUCAUUGUCAUCCUCUCCUUUCUUUACGUCAUCCUCAUCAAGCAUCUGUUUUCCAGAACAGGCACGAGGGCCGUCGCGUGA